AACCAAAUGACAAAUUGGCGCUUCAUAAAUUGCAUUUAUCUGUUUCACAUCGUUAUAAAACUAAAGUUAAAUAUUGAAAUAAUUUGCUAAAUAAAUUAUGUCACAGGAAUAUGACGUAUUUGCUGAUUUGUACGGCAAUGAUAAUGAUGAAAAAGCCAAAUUUCUCGAAACUCUUAAAUCUAAUACAGUGAAUACUUUAAGUAACGACAGUUCAGAUGAGGAAGAUUUUCUGCCACCGUCUUUGCAACGCAAACGAAAAGGACGUGAUGAAAAGACAACGCCGCUUCCGUUGAAAAAAGUGGAGCCACCCACUUCAAUAACUGCUGCUAAAAAGACAAAAAAGUCUCAAGCGCCGCCUAUCGAAGAAGCACUUCAACAUGUGACUAAUAACCAAUCCACACAACCAGCUGAUCCUGCUCCUGUUGCCAAUAGUCGUAGAACGCGAAGUAAAACUGCCGCAGCCCCGCAAACACCAAGUUCAACGGUCACAGCAUCCACAACAGUUAGCGCCCCGAGAAGAGCAAGAAAUGGUCGCCGCGGACGCAGCCGAGGUGGGGUAAAUGAACCCGAUAUUGUAGAAUCGAGCAAUACGAUGUCCUUGCCAGAAUCACUUGGUGUAAUAAGUACAUUGAUGAGAGGACAGACUAGACGUAGUGUGAUGCGCGCACGUCGGAAUUACUUUGCAGAAAUCGCUGCACGCUCCACAAAUGUAGACUACGUGGAUUUGGUGUCGAGCCCAUUACCGCGCAUUGAAGGCGUUAUUGCAGUUGACUCAGAUGGUGAAGAUGAUGGCGUUGAAGUCACUAGCGUCGAAACGCCUAAUACAUCUGUACUAGCAGCGUUAGAAUGUUCCUUUGAUGAAGAUAAUCCAGAGGUGUCGGUAAAAAUAAAGUGGGAUGGUGGAGCACCGGAAAUUUUCAAGCUACGGAAGUAUCAAAAAUUUCAAGAUAUAUUUAGUAAAAUAGCAGAACGCGAAGAUACACCCAUCGACAACCUAGUUUUCAAUAUUGAUAAUCGCAUUUUAUCAGCCAGUGAUACGCCUGCCAGUAUUAAUUAUAAAGUUUAUGAAUUUAUCAGAGGUCGUGCAUUGACCCAUCACUUUGAUGGCGGUGAUUUGAGAAAAAAGCGUGAUGCCAAUAUAAUUACGCUGAAAAUUCAGUCGGAUUUGUGGCCAAGGAAACCAUUACAAGUAGAACUUGGUAAAACCGAUAAACUGAAAAUCUUAUACAUUAAAUGUGCCGAAGAAUUAAAAAAAUCGGCCGAGGAGCUUGUUCUAAGCUUCAACGGUGAUCACUUAGGCUUCAAUGAGACACCUGAAGAUUUCGAAUUCGAAGGCGGUGAGGCGAUUGAUUUGCGUGUAAAGAAAAAAUAAGGCUAUAUAUUAUAUGCUACAAUUUAUAUUAAUUUUUAUAUGUUUGGGAGGUUAUGUCGAAAUUGUUGUUUUUUUUAAGUUUGAGAAGUAAGUGCCAGAUUUUUAUUUUUUAUUUCUAAUAUAAGGAUGUUGUAUAAAUCUCCCGUAUGUAUAAAAUUAUGAUUUGUUGUACAAAUUUGAAAUUUUAACAUGUUA